AUGAUUAUUUCUUCAAAUUUUGCAUUACCCUUACAGGAACAGAACAUGGAGGCGGCAUCCGAUUGUCUCGAAUAUUUUGAAGAAAAUAAACCUAAAAGUGAUAGUUUAUCAUUUGAUCUACCAGAUGACUUGAGUGCUGGACUCUGCAUUAAUUUACAUGGUAUUGUGACACCCGAUUGUACUAGGUUUGCAAUCGACUUAGUUUGCAGUAAGGAUGCUAAUAGUGACAUAGCACUACACAUAAACCCUCGUUUAUCUCAAAAAUACAUUGUGAGAAAUAGUCGAAUACAAGGUGAUUGGGGGGAUGAGGAAGUGACAAUGGUGAGAAAGUUCAAUCCAUUUCGUGAGAAAACCAUCCACCUUGAAAUAUUAGUAGCAGAGAAAGAGUUCUUCGUAGCAGUUAAUGGAAAACACCUAUUCAAUUUCAUUUUUCGCAUUCCCGUAUCGAAAGUGAAAUAUUUACAAAUUGAAGGAGCCGUAGAUAUUACUCGUCUGAACUAUGAAAGAUCUGAUAUCUAUCCACAAAAGUCGCUGCCGGACUACAUUGUUGGAUACAAUGUUACUGCCGAAGAUUGCCCCCCUCCACAGCAUACAAACAUUCCUUUGACUGCGGGAUUAUCAGAAGGUUUUCAAAAUGGAUGCCAGUUGCUUCUCGAAGGCAGAGUGAAACUACUACCUGCAGAAUUUACUUUCAAUUUACAAGAUGGAUGUCACGUGUGGCCACGUCCUAAGAUUUAUCUGCAUGUAAAUCCCAGAUUCAGGAUGUCCGGCGAAUGCUUAUUGAUAAAAAACGCAUGGAUUGAGAACUUCUGGGGUCAGGAGGAACGCACUUCCCAAUUAGACCUACCGCCUGGUAGUAAGUUCUCUAUGAUGAUCCAGAAAGAUAUCGGAUAUUUUUCCAUUUGGUUGAAUGGAAAGCUGACAGGGGAAUUCAAGUUCAGAGGGAACGUGGACAGGAUAAAUUCAAUUUACAUCCAGGGGGAUAUUGACCUGCAUAAGCUAUACAUGAAUUCAUCACAGAGAUGA